AAACCACGCCGAAGGAGUGGAAGCCGACGCAGCGUCGUCUCCGUGGAGGGAGCCAUGGCUGAGCUCGCUGCUCCAAUGGCUUCCGCAGCUCGUGGCUACCUAGGGCUAAGCCCCGGUCUGGCGCACCAUAGGAAAGGAGACGCCUUGGACGCCCUCUCUUCCUUCUGUGUCGGCAGACUCAGGCCUCGCCCGAAUCCCCUCUCCCUCAGAAUCCCUCCUUCGCGUCCUUUGAGGAGGAAGCCAUUCCCCAAGUGCAGACCUUUCUUGCCUACCAUGGAAUGGCAGGACUGCGGCUCUGAGAUUGAAAUUGAUGUCCCAUGUUCAGUAGCUUAUGACUGUUAUUCUGACUGCGAGGCAAUUCCAAAAUGGAUGCCCUUUAUUUCUUCUGUGAAGGUGCUUGUUAAUAUCUUUUGCAGCACCACAUCUCAAUGGAUUUAA